AUGCGAGAUAUUCGUCAUGACAAUCUUUGUGUGUUUGUUGGUGCCUGUAUUGAUAGUCCUAAUAUGGCUAUCCUAAUGAAAUAUGCUGCUAAAGGUAGUUUACAGGAUAUAUUGGAGAACGAUGAGAUUAAGCUAGACAACAUGUUCGUGUCAUCCUUGCUGGCCGAUCUUGUGAAAGGCAUGAUCUAUCUUCAUAGCACAUCCAUCCUUUCACAUGGCAACUUGAAGUCCACCAACUGCGUGGUGGACAAUCGCUGGGUGCUGCAGGUGACAGACUAUGGCCUACACGAGUUCAAGCAGGGACAAGACCAAGAAGAUAACGAUCCUCGCAUAAAAGCAAAGAAUUUGCUAUGGAGAGCUCCUGAACACCUGAGGGAAGAGGACUCAAUGUUGCCAUAUGGCUCAUGUAAAGGCGAUGUUUAUUCAUUUGCAAUUGUAUUAAAUGAGGUUUACAGCAGGGCGGAGCCAUACUAUCUGAAUGAAGAGGACCCAGAAGAAAUUAUUUCAAAUGUGAAGUCUGGUUUGUGUCCUGCAUUUAGACCCGACAUCAGUGAUAUUGUUGAAGAUGCACCUCCGUGCGUCAUUACAUGCGUGCAGAAAUGUUGGAGAGAGUCGCCAGAAGAGAGACCGGGCUUUGUGGAAGUCAAGAAAAUUCUGGAACCACUACAGGCGGGUCUGAAACCGAACAUUCUUGACAAUAUGAUUGCCGUAAUGGAACGUUACACUGAGAACUUGGAGGAGCUUGUGGAUGAGAGAACAAGCGAAUUGCAAAGAGAAAAACGAAAGUCGGAAACGCUCUUGCAUAGAAUGCUUCCACCAUCGAUAGCUGCUCAGUUAAUCAAGGGCAUCUCUGUUCUUCCGGAAGCAUUUGAGCAGGUGUCAAUUUUCUUUUCUGAUAUUGUUGGCUUCACAGCAUUGUCAGCUGCCAGUACACCUAUCCAGGUAGUUAACAUGCUGAAUGACCUCUAUACAUGCUUUGACGCAAUCAUUGCCAACUACGACGUUUACAAGGUAGAGACUAUUGGUGAUGCAUACAUGUUGGCAUCGGGUCUUCCUGUCCGCAAUGGCAAGCGCCAUGCCGGCCAAAUAGCCUCAACAGCAUGGCAUUUACUACAGUCUAUUACUGAAUUUCGAGUCCGGCAUCGACCAGACCAAGUACUGAAGCUCCGGAUAGGAAUACAUUCUGGCCCGUGUGUUGCUGGUGUUGUUGGGUUGACAAUGCCACGAUAUUGCCUUUUUGGAGAUACCAUCAACACCGCUUCUAGAAUGGAAUCAAACAGUCUGGCUUUGAAAAUUCAUGUGAGUGAAGAAACCAAGAAAAUCUUAAGUGACCUAGGGGGUUAUGAGUUACAGCAAAGAGGAUUAAUUGCAAUGAAGGGGAAAGGUGACGUAAUGACUUACUGGUUAGUCGGACAAGAUCCCAAAUAUAUGAUAGAAGAUAUCAAACCAGUAAAACAAGACAAGAGAGAUGAUAGCACAGACAGUCUGAGUGAUUGAUUGACUGCAAGCCAGAGCAACAA